CUCUCUCUCUCUCACCCUCUCCUUCUUUCCCUCUUUCACUCCGUCUCUCUCUCACCCCCCUCCCCCCCUCUCCGCUUUCCCUCCCAGCUCUCCGAACCAUCAAACGCUUCUCCGGGUUCCGUCCCGGUCGGUCUCCAGGUUUUUCUCCGCCCUGGUUCUGGAUCUCCGACCCGCUCCGGGGUUGCAGACGCCGACCUCAGUGGAACGUAAAUCUGCUUCGACCUUAGGUUAAUCUGAUUAUGACGCCUUCCUGUCCAUGACCACCGAGAUGGAGACGCCCUUCUACCACGACGACACUCCCACUGUUCCCGGCUUCAGCCAGGUGGCAGAGUAUGAGCGUUACCCCGGCAACAAGAUGCUGAUGAGUAAGAAGGCCAUGUCUGUGGCAGGAGGCCACCACUUCCUGGGCGGUGGAAAUCCGACAGCCAGUCGGAAUCCCAACAACCUGCCGCUGGGAGGAAACAACCCGUUGAUAACUUCAUCUUCAUCCUCAGCAGACAUGAACCUGCUGAAGCUGGCCUCUCCGGACCUGGAACAUCUCAUCAUCCAGUCCAACCAGGGUCUGGUGACCACCAGCCCUGUGUCCACUUCCUCUAACCCCUUCAUCUACCGCGGCCCGGCCACCAACGAGCAGGAGGGCUUUGCUGACGGCUUUGUGAAAGCUCUGGCUGACCUUCACAAGCAGAACCAGCUUGUAGGUGGACCCAUGUCCCCAUCCUCAUCCUCCAGCGUCUCCCUGCAAGCAUCCUACCAGAGGAACCUGAUGUCGGGUGGAGACAUGCCCGUCUACACUAACCUCAGCAGCUACACCCCUGCCCAGCACCCAUUCUCUGGAAGCCAGAUGGGCUACAGUGGAGGUUCGGGUCAAGGUAGUGGUGGUACCCCACAGUCCCACCCUCGAGGUCUGGACGCACCUCAGACGGUUCCAGAGGUGCCUCACCCAUCAGGUGACCCCACCUCCCCCCCUUCCCUCUCCCCCAUUGACCUGGAGACACAGGAACGCAUCAAAGCAGAACGCAAGAAGCUCCGCAAUCGAAUUGCGGCGUCCAAAUGCCGCAAGCGGAAGCUGGAGCGCAUUUCUCGCCUGGAGGAGAAGGUGAAGGUUCUGAAGAACCAGAACUCAGACCUGGCCUCCACAGCCGCCAUGCUGAGAGAGCAGGUAGCUCAGCUCAAGCAGAAAGUCAUGAGUCACGUCACCAAUGGCUGCCAAAUAACUGUCGGGUCGGCGGCAGGCUCUAAAUCCAGAGGAGGCGGCGGCGGGACCGGCAGCGAGGGCUCCAGCUGCUGAGGAGGUCUGACUGGACCUCUGAGGACCCGGUUUACACCUCAGCUCAGACCGAGCCCUGAGCAAGUCCUGCUGGAUCUUUACUGGGAUUCCAACUCUCACAGAUCCCACCAGCUUCUGUCAUCAUUCAGCUGGAGGGGGCGGGGCUAAAACAAGAGGAAACAGGAGGAGGGGCCAAUCCUUGGACAUCAGACCGAAUCUCUCCCAUUUGGAUUUCUCACCUGAACACCUCUGAAGGUGGACCUCAUUUGUUUGAGACAACUUAAGGUGGAAUGAGUUGACAGGAUUUGAUUCCAUUUGAGCCGCUGGAUUGAUUUUCCUUCCCAGAUGCUGUUACAUGUCAGAAAAACACAGAGGACAAGUUAUUACUGAUGGGCUUCAGUAGAACAUCAGGAGAACAUCAGGAGAACGGUUGGAGGAGGACCGUUCAACGUUAACGGCUGUUGUAUUUACACAUCAGUGUUUGAAAAACUGCUUUUUUCCACCAAACUUCACUUCACCAAACUAAACUUUAUCAAUUAGAGUUUUUCUAAAUUUAAAAAAGGUGUUUUUACUGUAAUCCGAUUACUUUGUGUACUUAGUUACUGCUGGAUGUUUAAUUACAGGAAAUCGAAUCUGAAGUUUCUCUUUCCUCAGAAGAAACUUUUAGAAUUUAUCUCAUUUUUUUCAUAAGUUAUUUGUUCCUUAUUUGAACAGAUUGUUGAGUUUACGAGUUUAUAGCAUCGACAUAUAUACUGGACGAUUCGUGUCCACAGGCUUCAAUUCUAAGUUUUUGUGCCAAAAUGGGAGGUGGCCACCACCGCCAUUUUGACUGUGUCACAGAUUCCGUCACGCCCAGACAAUUCCAUAAAAGGGAAAAGAGGUGGAGCUGAGGGCGGGGCUGUAAGGCUGGGAUCAAAUGAUGACACCCGUCGAAUUGAAGCGAUGUAGCUACAAGCUAACCCAAGGCUAACGCGGAGGUGGGAGCUAAGCUAACAGAGGUAGCUACCUAGCUAGUAAUAAAAUAAUCUUAUUAUAACAACAUUAAUAAUACAAAAUAAUAUUAAUAUUAAUAUUAAUGAAAACAUAAAACUGCUUCGCUCUUGAAAUCUCUUUGAUUCAGAUUGGAAUUUUAAACUAAAUUGUUAUUUUACACUGUAAAAAUGCAUGUAUGUGUGUGUGUGUGUGUGUGUGUGUGUGUGUGUGUGUGUGUGUGUGUGUGUGUGUGCGUGCGUGCGUGUGUGUGCGUGUGUGUGCGUGUGUGUAUGUAUGUGUGUGUGUGCGUGUGUGUGUCUGCGUUUGUGUGUGCGUGUGUGUGUAUGUGUAUGUAUGUGUGUGUGUGCGUGUGUGUGUGUCUGCGUUUGUGUGUGCGUGUGUGUGUAUGUGGUAGUGUGUGUGUGUAUGUGUGUGUGUGCAUGUGUGUGUGUGUGUCUGCGUUUGUGUGUGCGUGUGUGUGUAUGUGGUAGUGUGUGUGUGUGCGUGUGUGUGUAUGUGUGUGUAUGUGUAUGUCUGUGUAUGUCUGUGUGUGUAUGUGUGUGUAUGUGUAUGUGUAUGUGUGUAUGUAUGUGUGUGUGUGUGUGUGUGUGUGUGUAUGUGUGUGUGUGUGUGUGUGUGUGUGUGUGUGUGUGUGUGUGUGUGUGUGUGUGUGUGUGUGUGUGUGUGUCUACGGUUCUGAUUUCCUAAAUUUUAUUUGGUUUUUAUUUUGAGGUCAAACAGAAACUUGAUCGGAUUUCUGUGUGAAACUUUCUUUUAUUCACGAAAUGAACCAAAAAGUUUAAAUCAGGAUUUUUUCGUUUGGAAAAGUAAAAAAGUUUCAGUGAGGAUUGAUUUGUGGACACUUUUCACUGAUGACUCUACCUUUGCACAGAUGUACAGAAGCUGUUGUGUUUGUGACUCCUUCCUGUUUGUGUUAAUUUAAGUUAAUAAUCUACAGAUGUUCAUUAGCUUCUGUGUUCUGCUGUAUCCAGAUGUUUGUGUUGAUAUAAAACUGCUGCUGUGGCCGAGCUCGGCAUCUCAUCAGACUUCAGAACUGGUUCUGGUUCGGACCGUGGGUCCGUUCAUGUCAGAACUUUUGUGGAUUUGUGCAAACUCAGAAUGUUGACUAAACUAAUGAAGGAAAUCCGUAAAGAUAUAAAUAAGCCGGGCCCUGUUAUGAUGACACAAGAAAACAUUCAUGUGGUUCCUAAACAUGUCUAAACUCUUAGGUAAUCUCUGGUUAUCAGACUCUUUUACAAACGGGACGUUUGAUCCAAACACACAGGAAGUGUUUUAUAAAUCCAUGUGUUUAGUUUGCUGAUGAAAGAAAUGAAUAAAAAUAAAAUAAAUAAA